AGGCGGAACAAUAUGGCGAUGUCAGAACGCGUCUACAUUUGUCACAGCAUUCUAUCUCCUACCAAUUCCUAACUCCUUGUUACAAGCAUAACUUACAUUUCACGGUCAUCCUCGUAGGCUUUGCCGUAAACCAACAAUGUCUUUGCACGAAAUACUGUUUAGUGGUGAAUCGUGUUCAUGUUCUUGGGUCGCAGAAAAUAAAAAUAUUUGUGAUUGUGUAACUUGGAGUAAACAUUACAGCGGAGGUGUGGAGGGGGUGAGCGUGGACACGUGCGUGCUGCUGAGCCGUGGCGACCGCCCCGCGGACUGCGCGGCCGAGCUGCGCCUCAAGCUGCAGCCUCACUUGCGCGUCGCACGGCUCACCGUCGUGUCAGACGCGAGGAAGGUGGAGGUGUACGGGGCGUGUGGGGAGUACGUGAGCACGGUGAGCGCAGACUUCCUGGAUGAGUUCGAGGACAUGACGGUGUACGUGGCGGAGGCAGAGCUGCCGGAGCCCAUGUCGGAGUGCGCUGUCAAGUUUGCAGGUCUGAGGACGACCCACCAGGUGUGGCUGUACGGGGUCCACCUGACGGUGCAGGAGGCAGACCCGCCCGCCCCGCCCUCGUGGCUUAAUUUGCAAAACGUGAGCCACAUGAUAGAGCGGUCGGGGCACAAGCUGAGCGAGAGAGCCGCGAGAUGCCACAGCUUCCUGGAGGCGUGUGCCACCUCCCCAGGGGGGCCGGCCACCAGAGACCUCAGAGACUACAUCGAGCGUAGGUUCACCCAGUGCGAGGAGCGUCUGAUGACACGCGUCGAUGACAAGCUCAGGGAGUUGGAGGCAAGGCAGAACUGCAAGUUGGAUCUCAUUCUGCAGCAGUUGAAGAUGUUGAACAUGUCCACCAACAAGCACCUGACGUAGCAUGUGGCACUGCAGUGUAAAAAAACCAAGUGACAGCUCGCGCUGUUCCAUGUAUUUGAGUGCAACAAGGAUAGUCGCAUCUCAGGCUCCUGUGAGCCUGGCACAGUCGUAGAGUGUGACCUGUUCGGGGUGUUUCACUGUAAACUUUACUUUACUGGAUGAUGAAAUACCCAAGUUUGCAAGGAAGUUGUGGGGAAUCUUUAGUCACACAAUAACUGCUGGUUUCAGAAAAAGGCAUGUUUUCGUGAUAGACAAUAUGACAUUGAUUUAUUAAUUGUUUAUUUGAACGAAUGUAGUAAUACAUUUUUUGAAUACAAAUAUCCAAGUCAGAUAGCAA